AUCGCCGCCUCGUGUGUGUUUCGUGCAACAACGAUGAUGCUCUUCGCUGACGGUCUCAAAGUGUGGCACGUCCAGGCCGCUGGCCUGGCGUUCCUUGGCGGACUUGCGACCGUGAUUGAGCGCCGUGCCGCCAUGCGCGGCUGCAACCGCGAGCCCAUGCCAGCAUGGUUUGACCGGUUCCUUCGCAUCGCUUUCCUUGGCAUCCUGGCCGCCCCGACGUGCUACACACUGGACACGACCAUCAUGCCGUUUCCCAUCUGCAUCCCUGCUCUCUUGCUGUACAUGAUUCCCUACUCCGACCUCUGUGAGCAACACGGCGGCCGCACCACCCUCCGCGCGCGCAAGUGGGCACUGUUCAAGUGGCUUCGCAAGCGCUUCCACGUGCAGCUCGUCAAGACAGCUGACCUGAACCCCGACCAAUCGUACAUCUUUGGCCUCCACCCGCACUCUGUCCUUCCCUUUGGCGCCAUGAUCGCCAUUGGCGACGAGACCGAGGACUCGCAGUUCAAGAAAUUGUUCCCCGGCAUUGACUUCCGCACGCUCGCCGCCACCUUCUGCUUCUACGUCCCCGUGUAUCGUGACAUCCUCCUCUGGGGUGGUGUUGUUGACGCUGCGCGGUACAGCGCCAAGCGCAUCCUCAACAUGGGCCUCUCCCUCGCCCUCGUCCCCGGCGGCGCAACGGAGGCACUGCACUGCCAUCCGGAGAAGGACGUCGUGUACCUGAAGAACAGACGCGGGUUCAUCAAGCUCGCGCUUGAGACAGGCAGCCACCUCGUCCCCGUCUUCUCGUUCAACGAGAACAACACAUACGACCUGAUCGGCAUCGACAACCCCCUCAUCGACAAGCUGAAGAACAAGUUCCAGCGCGUGUUUGGCAUCUCGCUGCCGCUGAUCAAGAACGUGCUGCCGAAGGAGUGCCACAUCACGACAGUUGUCGGCGCCCCGAUCGCCGUCCCAAAGAUCGAGGACCCCUCGAAGGAGCAGGUCCAGCAAUACCUGAACCAAUACAUCGAGGCGCUGCGCAAGCUGUACAACGACAACCGCGAGAAGUACAACAUCCCCAAGACGAAACCGCCACUUGAGAUCAUCUGAGCCAAACUGCCAACUCUCUGCCCCGCGUCCGCUAUCCAAGACGCCAUGAUCAUGUGUCCGCAUGUGUCCGCGCACAUGCAUACUUACAUACCCAUACACUCACUGGUUGCAUUGCCAGCGUUACGUGCCCCCUUUCACUGUGUGUUUUGUGGCGUGCCAAGUUGCUGUCAUGUGCACCAGCCCAUUGCCUCUUUACCGUGUCUUUGUGUGGCCUGCUGUUGCUGUUCCCUCCCCCUACCACCACCACCACCACCACCCAUUCUGCUGUCUCUUCUUGAGCUGCUGCAUGUCUCUUCAUGGAUCCAUUAUUAGAUUGUGAGGAUAUAACACAAUGGCAG